UGAGAAGUUAUGGAGAGCCUUGGCAGGAUUGUUUAUAUUAGAUUUUUUCCUGACAAAUGCAUCCCCGCACACAUACUCCUAAAUUGGAGAGAGAAGGGUUUCUGAGAAUGAACGAAGCCGAAUUAUACCAAAUCGGAGCGGCCCGAUCGUCGUCGCCGACGAUUUAUCCUCCGCCGUCUUCCGCCGGGGGUUUAAAUUACAUAGUCCACACCGUGUCGAAGUACGACACACUCGCCGGCGUCGCCAUCAAAUACGGUGUCGAGGUUGCUGAUAUAAAAAGGCUGAAUGGAUUGGUGACAGAUCUUCAAAUGUUUGCCCUUAAGACAAUUCAAAUUCCGCAUCCCGGGAGGCACCCCCCUUCACCCGUCUCGUCUAAUGGUCACAAGACUCCUCCACGGCCAAGCAGUACUCAGCAAACAUUAUCAAGUUGUGGACACUCUGAUUUAUUUGAUUCAUUUUCAUCAUUGAAAUUGAAAUCGAAAUCUUCUUCAGAAACGAAAGUGUCUGUGUCCAUGAGCAGGAUGCAAUGUUAUUAUGGUCUUAGAUCAGCAGACAUGAAAGGUGCUGGAGAAGGCUGUGAAAUGGCAAUGUACAAAAAAGGGGGAGCUCAUUAUCUUGAGGAUGGGCCACUUCUCAAAUCAUCCAUCUCUAAUCCACCACUUAGCCAUUAUAGAAAGUCAAAAAGUGCAGCUGAUUGUUUAGAUUCAGAAAAUGGCAGUCUCAUUGAUCAGGAUUUGUUACAAGGAGCUGAAAGUAAUGGCUCCACUGAUUUGAUUGACAAGUUGGUAAGACGCCGCCAAAAAUCUGAGGCUGAUUUUACUUCCCGCUCUACUGAAAAGCUUCUGAAGGAGGAAAACAGCAAUGGUACUGCAAUUUCAGCUAUUACCGGCAAAGGCCUGGCUCUCAGGCCCAAGUCAUCUGGUCGUACUGUGUCACUAGGGGCUGAUGAUGAAGCAGGAGGGUUUAAACCAAUUCCUAUAGGGUUGGGGGAUGCCUUUGUAAAUGAUGAUGUUAAUGGUGUAAAGAAGUCAUCAAGUGUAUCCAGUUUGCAGGAUUCAGACAACAGUGCCUUGUCAUCCAUAUGGCCGACGUCAAAGUGGAGUUUAAAGCAAGAUUUUCAGGCUCUUUCUGCUGCAGCCAUGACUAGUCCAAUCUUCGAUGGCUUAUCUAAGCCUUCAAACUGGAGAAGCAAAGCAGCGGUUGAUUAAUCCACAUCGUUUUUCCAAUCUGGAAUCACACGCCAUUAGAAGCAGUCAUUCAGUGAGAAAUAUCAGGCAAGUAUUCUGGGUAAAUCAAAGAAACAAGAAUUUUACUACGAUCGGAUAUUGUUCAAAGAUUCUGUUCUGCCCUGUAGUCAAUGCCUAGAAGAAAAUGAGCUGGAGAGUCGAAAGCUUUGAGUUGACUUAGAGAAUUGCUUAGAUUGCAUCAUGGGACCUAGAUAAAGAAUUGUAUAUUACAUUGUCAGAGGUCUGUUAUUUUUUGUCAAGAGGGGAAAUGAAUUCGUUAUACAUGUAGAUUUACUCGUGGGAAACUGUUUCUUUAAAUUUGUUGUUACAAGCAUUUAUUAAUAAAAAAGUCUGGUCUCUUUCGGUCUCCA